AAUAAAUAUCAUAAUAUGUAAUCCUGGUAAACUUGUGCUCUAUCUGGAGAGUUAAUAGAGACUCCGGUAAUAUCCAAAGUGAGCGGACACAUAUAUGAAAAGAGAUUAAUUGAAAAACACAUUGAGAGCACAGGCACAUGUCCAAUAACAGGAAGACCAUUGAAUAUAGAAGAUCUGAUCGAAGUAUAGAAAUGUAUGACAAUUAUAGGUGAAAGUGUCAAGAGUGUAGAAACCAAGACCAGUAACAGCUACAUCGAUACCAUCCUUAUUGUCAUUGUUAUAAAAUGAAUGGGAUGCAUUAUUAUUGGAAUAAUUUUAAUUAAAAUAGCAUUUAGAAUAAGUCAGACAUGAAUUGACUCAUGCUUUGUAUUAACAUGAUGCUGCUUGUCGUGUGAUUGCUAAAUUAAUUAAAGAAAGAGAUCAAGCCAGAAUAGAAUUGGCAUAAUUAUAGCACAAAUUAAACCAUAAAAUUGAAGUAGAAGCAAAUAAUGCUCCUGAGAAGUUAUCAUCAAAUUAUGUUGCUGAAAUUGAGGAAAAUGCACUUAAAUUAACAAACUAAAGAAAGGUUCAAAGAAAGUAGCAGUCUUAUUUCGAUUAAUUCCCAGGUCCUGAAGUAAAAGAUCCAUAUUAUCUAGAUUCUCUCAAAUUAUGAUGUAAAACAAUAGUACUAAUAAACUUAAGGAGGCACUACAUUGGAUACAUAAGGAAAUUAUGUAGUAGUAGGUGGAUUGGCAGGAUAGGUCUUGUUGUAUUCUCAAGAAAAGCAGGUUUAUUAGGCUUAAGAACACACUUAAAAUAUUACUUCAGUGAAUUUCUUUACUUAUGAUGAACAUGUUAGAUUUGUUUCAGCUUCAUAAGAUGGAAACCUCAAAAUUUACUAAUUCAACUCUCAAACUCAGGAAGGCUAAGUUGCUCAGACAAUUAACAUUGGUUCAAGCAUUGCUGGAGUUGCAAUCCAUCCCAUAGGUUAUAUUGCCAUUAUAGUAACUAACAAUGGAUUAUUGGCAUAUUAUAAUUUGAAAAGUGGAUAACAACUGAGUAGAGUAACAGAUUUUGAGGGGUAAUGUCAAUUCACUUGUGUAUCUGUUCACCCUGAUGGUUUGUUAUUGGCUAUUGGAUAAGCAGAUUCUUAAAUAAAGGUUUGGAACAUAGUAAAAAGUCAGUUGUUAGCCCAGUUUGUAGGACAAGAUGUAAUAGUUAGGAGUAUCAUUUUAGGGAGCUGUUACAAAUGUAUCAUUCUCUGAAAGUGGAGCUAACUUAGCCUCUAGUAGUAGUACUGAAGUUAAUGAAUGGGAUUUAAGAAAACCAGGCUAAUUCUAAAAGAUUUAUCAAGACCAAAAGAUAGGUUAGAUAAUUAAAUUGAGUUUUAGGUGCAAUAUCAUAUGAUCCAUCAGGAUAGUUUUUAGCUAUUGGCAGUAACAAGACUAUUCACUUCUUUGAUGUCAAGAAAAAAUAAGAAUUCUACAAAAUUGAGAGUCAUAGGGAUGUUGUCACUAGUAUUAGGUAUGUAAUUGUAUGAGUAUUUAGAUUUGGACAAUUAAGCAAAUAUAUCUAUAGCUGCAGUGUUGAUAAAAUAGUAAAUAUCUAUGGUAACUGAGUAG